CGUCGUUGCCUCCGAGCUGCAGCAGGAUGGAGUGGAAAGCUGCUGCUGCUGCUGCUGGCAUUGUUUUUGUGGCAGCAGCUGAAUGACAGAUCCUCACUACAAAGAUCCCCCUUUGGCCCCGGUGUAGGCCUCCUGGUCCGGGUGUUCCACCAUGCCAGCGCAGCGCCAUGAGUCCUGGAUGCAUGCUGCUGUUUGUGUUUGGCUUUGUUGGCGGGGCGGUGGUCAUUAAUUCUGCUAUCUUAGUCUCGCUCUCGGUUUUGCUGCUUGUGCACUUCUCUAUUUCUGCCGGUGUGCCAGCUCUGACGCAGACUCUGCCAAGGAUACUCAGAAAAGAACGUCCUAUCUCGUUAGGGAUUUUCCCAUUGCCUGCUGGAGAUGGAUUGCUUACACCUGACACUCAGAAAGGAGGCGAGACCCCUGGAUCAGAGCAGUGGAAAUUUCAGGAAUUGAGUCAACCACGUUCUCAUACCAGCCUAAAGGAUGAACUUUCUGAUGUUAGCCAAGAAGGUUCUAAAGCUACCACUCCAGCAUCAACAGCUGCGUCAGAUGUGGCCACUCUUCCGACUGAUACUCCUCUGAAGGAGGACAGUGAAGGGUUUGUGAGGGCUGCAGAUACACCAACUAGGCCUGAGAUAAGCAAGCAUAUUGAAGUACAAGCGGGCCAAGACACCAGAACUGUAUCAACUGGCUCCGCUGAAAAUGAAGAGAAGUCAGAAGUUCAAGCAAUCAUUGAUUCCACUCCAGAGUUGGAUAUGGAUAAGGAUCUCAGUGGAUAUAAAGGCUCAAGCACUCCUACCAAAGGCAUAGAGAACAAAGCUUUUGAUCGCAAUACAGAGUCUCUCUUUGAAGAACUGUCUUCAGCUGGCUCAGGCCUCAUUGGAGAUGUGGAUGAAGGAGCAGACUUACUAGGGGAAUAUUCUGGAAUGGGUCGUGAGGUUGAGAAUCUUAUAUUAGAAAAUACGCAGUUGUUGGAAACCAAAAAUGCUUUGAAUGUGGUGAAGAAUGAUUUGAUAGCAAAGGUAGAUGAACUGACCUGUGAGAAAGACGUGCUGCAAGGGGAACUGGAGGCGGUGAAGCAAGCCAAACUGAAGCUGGAGGAGAAGAACAGGGAGCUGGAGGAAGAGCUUAGGAAAGCUCGUGCGGAAGCUGAAGAUGCAAGGCAAAAAGCAAAAGACGAGGACGACAGCGAUAUUCCCACGGCACAGAGGAAGCGGUUUACUCGGGUGGAAAUGGCCCGAGUUCUGAUGGAGAGAAACCAGUAUAAGGAGAGACUGAUGGAGCUUCAGGAGGCUGUUCGAUGGACCGAGAUGAUCCGAGCAUCAAGGGAAAAUCCAGCCAUGCAGGAAAAAAAAAGGUCAAGCAUUUGGCAGUUCUUCAGCCGACUCUUCAGCUCCUCGAGUAACACUGCAAAGAAGCCUGAGCCACCUGUUAACCUGAAGUACAAUGCCCCCACCGCUCACGUGACCCCUUCUGUCAAGAAGAGAAGCAGCACUUUGUCGCAGCUCCCAGGCGAUAAGUCCAAAGCCUUCGACUUCCUCAGCGAGGAAACGGAGGCGAGUUUGGCCUCACGCAGAGAACAGAAGCGAGAGCAGUACCGUCAGGUCAAGGCCCACGUUCAGAAGGAGGACGGUAGGGUGCAAGCUUAUGGCUGGAGUCUGCCCCAGAAAUACAAACAGGUAACCAAUGGUCAAGGAGAAAAUAAGAUGAAAAAUUUACCUGUGCCUGUGUAUCUCAGACCCUUAGAUGAAAAAGAUACAUCAAUGAAGCUAUGGUGUGCUGUUGGCGUCAACUUAUCCGGCGGGAAGACCAGAGACGGUGGAUCUGUCGUUGGAGCAAGUGUGUUUUACAAGGAUGUCGCUGCCUUGGAUACAGAAGGCAGCAAGCAGCGAAGCGCAUCUCAGAGUAGUCUGGAUAAGUUAGAUCAGGAGCUUAAGGAUCAGCAGAAGGAAUUCAAAAAUCAAGAAGAAUUAUCCAGUCUAGUCUGGAUCUGUACCAGCACUCAUUCAGCUACAAAAGUUAUCAUUAUUGAUGCUAUUCAGCCAGGCAACAUCCUAGACAGCUUCACUGUGUGCAACUCGCACGUCCUGUGUAUUGCAAGUGUGCCAGGAGCACGAGAAACAGACUAUCCUGCAGGUGAAGAGAGUUCAGAGUCCGGCCAGGUAGACAAAGCGUCUUUAUGUGGAAGCAUGACAAGCAAUAGCUCAGCAGAGACCGACAGCCUGCUGGGAGGGGUCACGGUGGUUGGUUGUACCGCAGAAGGUGUGACAGGAGCCGCCACUUCACCUACUACCAACGGGGCUUCCCCAGUGAUGGAGAAACCACCAGAAACGGAAGCAGAAAAUAGUGAGGUUGAUGAAAAUGUUCCAACAGCAGAAGAAGCUACUGAAGCCACAGAAGGCAAUGGAGGGCCAGCGGAAGAUGCCGUGGACAUCUCCCAAACGGGCGUGUACACGGAGCAUGUCUUUACCGAUCCUUUGGGAGUUCAAAUCCCAGAAGACCUCUCCCCUGUGUAUCAAUCGAGUAGUGACUCAGAUGUGUAUAAAGAUCAAAUAUCAGUAUUGCCCAAUGAACAAGACCUGGUGAGAGAGGAAGCCCAGAAAAUGAGCAGCCUUUUACCAACCAUGUGGCUUGGGGCCCAGAAUGGCUGUUUGUAUGUCCACUCUUCAGUCGCCCACUGGAGAAAGUGUCUGCACUCCAUCAAGCUGAAAGACUCCAUUCUCAGUAUUGUGCAUGUGAAAGGAAUUGUGUUAGUGGCACUAGCUGAUGGCACUCUUGCAAUCUUUCACAGAGGUGUCGACGGCCAGUGGGAUUUGUCAAACUACCACCUCUUAGACCUUGGGCGGCCUCACCAUUCCAUCCGUUGCAUGACGGUGGUGCAUGACAAAGUCUGGUGUGGCUAUCGGAAUAAAAUCUAUGUGGUCCAGCCAAAGGCCAUGAAAAUAGAGAAAUCAUUUGAUGCCCACCCCAGGAAGGAGAGCCAAGUGCGGCAGCUUGCAUGGGUGGGUGAUGGCGUGUGGGUCUCUAUCCGGUUGGAUUCCACACUCCGUCUCUAUCAUGCACACACUUAUCAACACCUACAGGAUGUGGACAUUGAGCCUUAUGUAAGCAAAAUGUUAGGUACUGGAAAACUGGGCUUCUCGUUCGUGAGGAUCACAGCUCUUAUGGUGUCUUGCAACCGUUUGUGGGUGGGGACAGGAAAUGGUGUCAUCAUCUCCAUCCCGCUGACUGAAACCGUAAUCCUCCACCAGGGACGUUUACUGGGGCUGAGGGCGAACAAAAGCUCGGGAGCGCCAGGCAGCCGUCCUGGGAGCGUGAUCCGCGUGUACGGCGACGAGAACAGCGACAAAGUGACGCCGGGGACGUUUAUACCCUACUGCUCCAUGGCGCACGCCCAGCUCUGCUUCCAUGGGCACCGGGACGCUGUGAAGUUCUUUGUGGCAGUCCCAGGUCAAGUCACCAGCCCACAAAGUGGCAAUAGUGGCACCGAUGUAGCAGCUGACAAAGCAGGGCCAUCGGCACAGGAGCCUGGCAGUCAAACCCCCUUGAAAUCUAUGCUGGUCAUCAGUGGAGGAGAGGGCUACAUUGACUUCCGAAUGGGUGACGAAGGUGGAGAAUCAGAGCUUCUUGGAGAGGACCUCCCACUAGAACCUUCAGUCGCCAAAGCAGAAAGAAGCCACUUGAUUGUGUGGCAAGUGCUGUGUGGCAGUGAGUGAGCCCUGAGGCAGCAGACGAAUGUGGGGGCACCGCCUCUUCUGCAUGGUUUAUUUUCCCCUUUCCCUUUGAUCAAAUGCUCCUUCUGUGAAAUACGUUUCACCACCACAUGUGUGAGCAUUUUUUCCUGUUAACUUUAUAUGACAAAAUCUGCCCUGCCGUCACAGUGCAGGAGCUCGCGCUUUACUGCACCAGUGUUAUAGGUAACUUCAGUGUAUUAGGAACAAAUCAAAGCGCGUGCGCUUUCUGCAAACCAGUGAACCACAGAAAGCAGUCCCGGUGAGUGCCACUCACACACUGCGUGAGGUGGGGUCACUUUUUAGCUGUCACUAAUGAUGGAAUUAAUGGGAAACACGUGAUCAUUUAAACUGUACCAUUCAGUACUAUCGCAAAGCUUUCCCCAGUGUAGUAUAAAACUGACACAGACUAAGAUCAGGUUGGAUUAUCUGGAUUUAUCCAAAUGUCUCCAGAGCUAAAAGCUAACUGUAAAUGAGUUUACCUUUCACUUUCAAAUCUGAAAAAUCUUGUUUAUAUGGUAUAUAAAACUUUGUUUUCAUCAGAUUUGGGGGGUUUUAUAUUAAAGAAAUUCAGACUACGCUUAUUUAAAUAAAAGUCUCCUGUUUCUGACUUACUGGCGCUGUAAAGUCGGUGAGGCCUGCUUCUCUGAGCAUUCUGGACGUAUUUUCUCCCCUCCCCUUUUGGGAGACUAGUCUCAUUUGCAUACUGAUGUGUCUGGAAAGUUGAUUGUUGAUAAGCCCUAAGAGAUUCUCUGCAGCGUAGGGAGGAUUUUUUAAAAAAACAAAAACUGUGUUUUGUGUUCCUCGUACCAGAAGAUGGAGAUGGGUGGCUGAGUUUCCAGGUGAAAGUGCACCUGUGACCCAUCGACCCCGCGUGCUUGCCGCUCUUGGUAGUUUGGUGGUGGACGGCCCUGACAGCUGGCCGAGGGCUCGAAUGAGAAAGGGUGUUUUCAGCCCCGUGUUGACAGACAGAGCAGCCAGUGCUGGUGUUUUGGAUGUCAGUAGCACAUUUCCACACUGGGGCCCUUUUGGGGCUGGAAUGCCAUCUUGGAAGGGGAAGGCUAGCCAGGGCGACAAGCAACGCCAAGCCGCCAUCAAGGAAAGACGGGCAUGGCGCUUUUACCCACAGCGCCCGUGUUCAGAACCGAGAAGAAGCGCGUUUCAACUGACUUCUUGUCUAAUACGUUUCUUAAAACAAUGCGGCAGCGUUUGCCCUCUCAAGCUUGACACGUACGGUUUACCAUUUGUUAUCCAUCACUAUA